AUGCUGCGACGGCUGUGCAGCAGGGCCAACCCGAGCCGCGCGCGAUGGUACCCGACGACGGUGCCCUCGGGGUGGGCUCCGGCGAUUGCCAACGCGCUCGUGAAUGCCGGGCUCGGCGUCAACCCCCGCGGAGGAGCGACGCGCGUCGCCGCCGCGACCGGUCGAGCGCCUCUCGUCGCGGCGUGCACCAGCGGACGCGACCCCGCGUUCACCCCGAGCGCCGGCCCGCUCGCGCCGGCGUUCGCGCGAACCCUCUCCGGCUGGACCCCCGCGAGCGGCGGGGGAAGGGCAUCCCCGACCGCCGCCGCCGCCGCGAAGGGCCAAUCCAAAUCCCACGGAGCGGAGAUUGACGUCCGCGAGGUGCUCAAGGGACUCCCGUCCAUCUGCCCCGGCUGCGGCGUUGGGCUUCAGUGCGAGGACAAGAACGGGCCCGGUUACUUCGUCGUGCCCAAGCGCCUGCUCGAGCCCGAACGCGACGCCGACGACGAAGGGGGAAGAUUCGGCCUCGGCGACGACGACCUGGAUGCUGACGAGGACGACGACGACCUACCGGACUUUGACGGCGGCGAUUUCGACGGCGACGACCAAACGGAAACGGGGGAUCCUACUCCGUCCGAAGCGGAUGCGCUCGCCGCCCUGGACGCCCUCUUCGACGGCGACGACGACGACGGGGCGGACGUCGACGGCGACGACUGGGAGUCCAUCGCGGCGAGGAAGCGCGCGGAGCGCGAGGCGAGGCGUCGCGAAUCCCCCGAGACGGUGGUGUGCGCUCGAUGCUACUCGCUGCGAAACUACGGCAAGGUGAAGAACGAGGCUGCGGAGAUUUUGAUGCCGUCGUUUGACUUUGGCCGCGUCGUGGGGGACAGGUUGUCUCGGCUGGGUCCCGGCGGAGCCGUCGUGUUGUGCCUCGUGGAUCUCGUCGACUUCGACGGUUCGUUUCCCGUGGACGCGGUGGAUAUCUUAUCGCCUUACGUCGCGAACGAGUCGGUGGAUGUGCUGCUGGUGGGCACCAAGGUGGACUUACUCCCCACGCAGUGCACGCGAGCGAGGGUGACCAGCUUCGUGCGCAGGCGCGCUAAAGACCUGGGCCUGCGACGCGCGAGCGGCGUGCAUCUGGUGUCGGCGCACAGCGGCAUGGGCGUCAACAUCCUCUCGGAACAGCUGGAGACGCUCCUGGACGAGGGGAGGGAGGUUUGGGUCGUCGGCGCUCAAAACGCGGGCAAGUCGAGCCUCAUCAACCGGCUCAGCAAAAAGUACGGGGGUCCCGGGCCCGAGGACGGCGGACCCCUCGCGUCGCACCUCCCGGGAACCACGCUCGGCGUCGUCAAGCUCCCGGGUCUGCUGCCCAACGGCUCGGACGUCUACGACACUCCCGGUCUGUUGCAGCCGUUUCAGGUCUCCGGUCGGCUCACCGCCGAGGAGGCGCGAGCAGUGCUGCCCCGCAAGAGACUCGCCCCGCGAACGUACCGAGCGGAGAUUGGAAGCUCCGUUCACAUCGGCGGGUUAGCGCGCAUCGACGUCGUGGACGGCCCGCAGCGCACCUUAUACCUCACCGUGUGGGCGUCGCACGACGUGCCCACGCACUACAUGGUUAAGGGUGAGGGCGGCAAGGCUGACGCUUUUUACGAGAAGCACGCCGGGGGCAAGCUGUCGCCGCCCGUCGGCGAGAACCGUGUGGCGCAGCUCGGCGAGUGGGGGUGCAGGACGGUGACCGUGUACGGGGAGUCGUGGCAGAGGAGCGACAGGGACAUCAGCAUCGGCGGUUUGGGCUGGGUCGGCGUCGGCGUGAGCGGGAACGCGUCCUUCCGGGUGUGGACGCACGAGGGGGUUCAGGUUGAGACGCGCGAGGCUCUGGUGCCGGACAUGAGCCGGGACCUGUGCAGGCCGGGGUUCAGCGACGAGCAGCAGCCGGGCGGUGGCGGGGACAGGGCGAGACCGAGCAAGAGGAUCAUGCGGAAAGGGGGAUACCGCGCGCCGAAGAAGAGCGAACGCAAGUUCAAGUUGUAA